AUGUUCCAAACGCAGCAGAACCCGGGCCGCGGUGCCCCAUUAGGUGCGAAUAGGUUGCAGAAUGGCAAGAUGGGUGGCGCAUCUCAAUGGGGAUUCGGAGCCCCCAUGGGCGCGCCAGGCUUGCCAAACACCCAAACACGAACAAACAGCGGAGCCAUGUCAAGCUUUGCGCAAGCAAUGGGCGGCUCGCAGCCUCAUACGCCAUUGAAUCUUGAGGAGUUCCCUUCGCUAUCGGGCGCACCGCAAGCGCAACAGAACACGACCGCGCAACAGAUGUGGGCGAACCCUACGAUACGAGCGGCACAACAAAACCAGCAGAACACGAUCGGACGUCCACAGGGCCAAGGACAACAGCAAGGGCAAGGUCAAGCUGCACAAGCUGCAAACCAACAACAGCAGAACCAGGGACAGGAUGAUUCAUCCCAAAGUCAGUUUUCUGGUGCUGGCGAUGACUAUCGAUUUGGGGGACAAGGGGGUGUAGGACAACUGGGGGGUGUCCAACCGCAGACGAGCAACGUGGAGGAAUUUCCACCGUUGGGUGGCGCUGGCGGAGAUAUUCCACAAGACCGAAGAGCUGGCCUGAUACAGAAUGCUGCGGCUUUUGGAGCCAACGGAAACAACGCCUUCCCUGGCCUUGGACAGACACGGAAUGGCCUUUCGAGCCCCACAGAUAGCCAGCAAGACCGGAGCAUCAACCCCACUGUAGGUGGCAGGGCGCUACCUGGCACAGCAUCACGGACGCCCUUUGAGAACAUGCGGACAAGCAACCAAGCAGAUGGGAACCAACGGAUAGGACAGUCAGGGAACAUGUUUUCUUUAGGUCCUCAGAUGGGUAUGCGAGGUGGUGCAGAUCUUGCCCCCGGAGGACAGCGACCACAGCAAAACCAGUUCGAUCAAACGUUUGGAGCAGAGGUUCUCGGCUCCCCCAACGCUCAAAAUAUGCUGCACAAGAAGUUGUCGGACAUGACAGACUCAGAACGAUACGGACUGCCUGGCUUGUUGGCGAUGAUACCUAUGGAAAGCCCUGACUACUCUUCGCUGGCUAUGGGUCAAGACCUGACAGUCCUGGGCCUGGACCUGAGUCGACCAGACAACUCACCAUUACACCCCACUUUUGGUUCACCGUUCGUGGAGUCCAACGUCAAGCCAGUGAUACCACCAGAUUUCACUCUACCCGCAGCAUACACUGUUACGAACGUUCCGCCGCUACAUUCGAAAAUGGCCAGCUUCUCUGCGGAGACACUGCUAGCCAUCUUCUAUCAGUUCCCGCGAGACAUCCUGCAAGAAAUUGCUGCACAAGAACUGUACAACCGUGACUGGCGGUGGCAUAUGAAGCUCCAGCAAUGGAUGAUGAAGGACCCAGAUCUUGCGGCGCCCAUGAGACUGUCACCAAAAGAAGAGCAUGGCUGGUACCUAUUCUUCGAUGUCAAGAACUGGAGGAGAGAAAGGAAAGAGUUUGACCUUAACUACGAUCACCUUGAUCAGCGUCAUGGUAGCCCUGCUAUGGCGGGACAAAUGUAG